GGGAGGGACCCAAAAUCUAUAAUUAGAAUAGAAUAUAAAUAGACGACGGUGAUUUUACCAUCACAACCUUAGUUGGAGCACCCGUGUCUGAGUUUUCGCGUUGCAUCGUUAAAAACUGCGAUAUUAGCGGGGAAGAGCCUUGGCCGAGCAUUACUUUGUUUGUUAUUUGUGGUUGUGUGGUAUAUUUGCGAGUGUAAGUGGGAUGGGAUCUUGUGAAGACUAUCAAAUGAAGAUCGUUAAUGGCGAUUGCGGUUAUGUUCUUGAAGAUGUUCCUCACCUCACCGAUUACAUCUCUGAUCUUCCUACUUAUCCUAAUCCUCUGCAAUCCAAUCCUGCUUAUUCAGUAGUUAAGCAAUAUUUCGUCGAUGAGGAUGAUACUAUUAUUCAAAAGAUUGUUGUGCACAAGGAUACUCCACGAGGGGUGCAUUUUCGGCGAGCAGGACCACGCCAAAGGAUGUAUUUCGACUCGGACGAAGUGCAUGCAUGCAUUGUCACAUGUGGUGGUCUGUGCCCUGGGCUUAACACGGUGAUCAGGGAAAUUGUUUGUGGCCUUUAUCACAUGUAUGGUGUCAACAAAGUUCUUGGGAUAGAUGGAGGAUAUAAAGGUUUCUAUUCACGAAAUACCAUUGCAUUAACGCCUAAGGUUGUCAAUGACAUCCAUAAACGUGGUGGUACCAUCCUUGGGACAUCACGAGGAGGCCAUGACACCUCGAAGAUAGUUGACAGCAUUCAGGAUCGUGGAAUCAAUCAGGUUUUCAUCAUUGGUGGUGAUGGAACUCAGAAAGGAGCAUCUGUUAUAUAUGAGGAAAUCAGACGACGUGGUCUGAAAGUUGCUGUUGCAGGAAUCCCUAAAACUAUAGAUAAUGACAUUCCAGUUAUUGAUAAGUCCUUUGGUUUUGAUACUGCGGUAGAGGAGGCUCAACGUGCCAUUAAUGCAGCACAUGUUGAAGCUGAAAGUAUUGAGAAUGGUGUUGGUGUAGUAAAACUGAUGGGACGGUACAGUGGUUUUAUAGCUAUGUAUGCUACUCUUGCCAGUCGAGACGUGGACUGUUGUUUGAUUCCAGAGUCCCCCUUCUAUCUUGAAGGUCAGGGCGGACUUUUUGAGUUUGUUGAAAAACGACUCAAAGAAAAUGGGCAUAUGGUUAUUGUGAUUGCUGAAGGAGCCGGACAGGAUCUUCUUUCGGAGUGCUUGCAAUCCAUGGACCAGAAAGAUGCUUCAGGAAAUAAACUACUUCAAGAUGUUGGGUUAUGGAUAUCUCAAAGGAUCAAGGAGCAUUUUGCAAGAAACCAUAAGGCAGUCAUUAAUCUUAAAUAUAUAGAUCCUACAUACAUGAUCCGGGCCGUUCCGAGCAAUGCAUCUGACAAUGUCUAUUGCACGCUCCUUGCUCAAAGUGCAGUUCAUGGAGCAAUGGCAGGGUACACAGGCUUCACAGUUGGGCUCGUGAAUGGAAGACAUACUUACAUUCCUUUCAAACGUGUCAUUGAGAGACAGAACCAGGUUGUAAUAACAGACAGGAUGUGGGCAAGACUUCUAUCUUCGACCAACCAGCCAAGCUUUUUGAAUCCCAAAGAUGUCAUUGAAGUAAAGAAAGAGGAAGAACCUCAGCCCAGUUUUUAGAUGCAAAUAGGAAUUGUAAGGAAGGCCAGUCCUUGACUAUAAUGCUCCUAGUAUGGCUUGAAUUUUAAUGCCUUAAAUGUUUUCUAGGAGUUCAAAUUCAACUUGCAUCAUUUACAGAGCAUUUUUGUUUUGCUUCUACUAGUAUAUAUUUAUUUAAGCAAGUUCAGUUGUUAUAUGGUUGAGGAUAUUUUAUAGUGACAUAAAGCGUUUCAAGUUAUAAUAUACCUUGAGCAUAAUUGAUUGUCUGUGCUUGAA